ACUCCAUUCGUGGUCCCUGCCUCCAGUCAGCUGUAUCAGCGGGCUAGCACUGGCUCCUGUCCUGGGGUCCUCAGCACUACAGCUUUGUGGAUACGAGUCUAGUCGGCUGUGCCGUGUGUGACGCCAUCGCCGAUGGGAGUCACGAAUAAACUCCCCACUGAACGCCGCGGCCCACCAGUUGGGGUCGCAUCGCAUCAGAAAUAAAACGCCUCGUCCCACGUCGCACGCAGCGCAGUUUCAUGCAUCAUGUACAUUCCCCCGCUUUCCCUUUCAUUGGGCCUCCACCAAUUUCUCUCCUCUUAACAUCACACCCGCCAUGGUUAGCACCGCCGCCGCAUCUUACAACUUGGCGAACGACCUCAACAUGCACUUAAUUGCCCAAUGAAACUCGCGAUUCCUCUUUCCACGAUUCCUCUUUUCGCGAUUCCACCUCCGCCGUCCAUGGCUAUCUAACCUACAAAUUCCAUUUCUGAAAAGGCCACCCAGCUAGACGCGCGAGAGGCGAGACGAACCCGAAUUCGAGAUGCAUUUGUUACGGAAAGCCCGUGCAACGUGCCGGCAUGGCGGUUCAGGGGGCGCCCGAUGUCUACGCGGCACGUUCCGUGGGCUGCUGGUGCUGAUUCUUGCCGUCCAAUUCGCCACUGCCGCCGCUCGCGACGAUGCCGCAGCGCAAAGCCAUGAUAAGGCGGGGGGAGAGCAACGGCCGAAUGUUGGCAUUGAUGUCACAACAACGGCAGCAGCAGGAGGAGGAGAGCUAGCAGCAGCAGCAGCAGCAGCAGCAGCAGCAGCAGCAGGAGCAGCAGCGGAGGGUUCUCCAGGGGGCAUGGGGUACGAAGCUGAUGGAGCCAGCAGCGACGUUUGCUCUCCUCAUGUGACGCGCACGUGCAAUGCCAUUGCGGCGGACUCAGGCAGACUCAAUGCCUGCCCAUCAGAUAGUGGCGCGAUAGCGACGGCCUCCGCGAUCACAGAUGCGCACACUGCCACUCCCGACGUUUCCAGCGCAGGGAGGCUAGUACUGUCCGCCGUCAACGCCGUGCGCGCAGCAGUGGAGGCGGAACGCCUUGCGCUCGCGCGCCUGCAGGAGACCGUGGCGGAGCAGAGCGCGCGCCUGGAGCGCAUGGAGCGGCUUCUGGCGGAGCUUACGGGGAGAAGGGCGGAAGGCGCGCGGGCAGGGGACUGGGGUUUGGAUGCAGAAUCAUGGUUGGGCGCAGAAAGCGCUGGAUUUAAGGGAGGCGCGGGGGACAUCAGGGGGGUUGAUGGCGGAGUUGGCGGAAUGGGCGGAAUGGGCGGAGUGGAUGACGCUUUGCUUGAGGGGAUCGGGGGGAGAUGGGAAGGCGAGGGCAUGGGGAGAAUUGCGGAAGGCGCGGAAGGCGCGGGUGGCGCGGAAGGGCGAGUGGGGGAAGGGGGUGUGGGGAAAGCAGGCGCAGCGAGGGCGAGUUGGAGUGAGGCGCUGACGUGGAGUGGAAGCUUGGAGCUGGUGGGCACGGCAGCCAUGGGCGCUCGUGUCACUGCGCUGCUGCUGCUCCCGUUGGACCUAUCUUCCCCCACGGGCGGGCGGCUGGUGGCAGUGGGCGACAUGGGCGGGCACGUGCGCGUCUUCUCGUCGCAGGGGCACCUGCUGCUGCACCUGCACCCGCCGUCGCUGCACUCGCACGCACACCCUCAUGCUCACAGUGGGGGAGCAGGAGCAGGAGGAGGAGGAGCAGGAGGCGGAGGAAAUGGCGGGCAAUGGGCAGUGACGGCGCUAGUGGCGGCAGCAGUGAAGCGCAACGAAACAUGGCUGGCCACAGGGCAUGCGGACGGGUCCGUGUACCUCGUGCGCGUGCCAGAGCUGCAGGCCAGGGGCCGCUCUGCUGCUCCCUCCCCCGCCACCUCCGCUGCUGCUGCUGCGGCGGCGGCGGCUGCUGCAGCGGGAGCAUCGGCGGGUGUGCAUGGGGAGGUGAUGGAGGGAGGCAUGCUGGCGUCGUAUGCAGUCCCGGUGGUGGAGCUGCUGCCUGCUGGGGCUAUACACGCACUGGCUUCACAAGGGGCAGAUGUAGCAGGCGGCAGCGCGGGAGAGCACGAGCAGCAGCAGCAGCAGGGCCAAGAGGAGCAGCAGCAGCAGCAGCAGCAGCAGCACGGGGGGUGGGAUGUGCCGGCCAGUGCAGUGACGUGUCUGGAGGUGCACAAGUCGGGGUCGGCGCGCUACAUCCUGGUGGGCAGUGCGAGGGGCGUCAUCGUGGUGCUGCGCUCCAACGGCUCCGUGUACGGCCACGCCACCAUGCUGCCCGCACCACAGCACCAACGACGGGGGGACACCCGCGGCAAACAGGCGGGUGGAGAUGAUGCUGCUGCUGGGAAAGGAAAGGCGAAGGGUGCAGGCGGAGGGCCAUCGGGCGCUGGUGAAGCCAGCAGGGACAAAGGCAGCAGCAGCAACCAUGCUAAUGUUGCUGGUGAUAACGCCGCUAGUUCUGCUCCUGCUGCUGGUGCCGCUUCUUCUCCUGCCUCUGCGGGUCGUGCCAGCAUCCCCCUGGCGUUCAUCCGAACGCCCUCCUCCCAGCGGGUGCUCUUCCUGACGUCAGCAGGGGCGGCGUCAGUGGACCUGCUGUCCCUCGCGCUGCACCCUGCCACGUGCCACGGGCUCAAUGGCUCCACGCUCGCAGCCUUCUCCUUUGACCCGGCCAGCCGCUCCAGAGCCUAUGCGCUGACGACGCAGGGAGAGCUCGUGCUGGUGACCAUCACGGGGGAUACCAACUGGUUUGACUGCCGCGUGCGCUGGAGAGUUCUCGCUCUGUCGACCGUCAGUACCGCUGCUGCGUCUCAUGCUGCCCAUUCUUCUGGCGCUGCUGCUGGUGUUAGUGAUGGUGAUGACAGCAAGAGAGGGGGUGGUGGUGGUGAUGGGAGAAGUGAUGGGAAGGGAUUGGUGGGGGAUAUGGUGGGCGUGGGGCAGGGCAAGGUAGCGGCAGUGCAUGGGUACGUGUUUGUGGCGGGGGCUGGCUCGCUGCUCAUCUUCAACGUCUCUGGUCAGCCAUUCCGCUUCGUCUCGCCUCGUUCCAAGCCAUGGGCCCCAACCCUCCUCCUCACCAUCCCCCUCGCCUCUGCCGUGGCAGCCCUCCCGCCGCACCUCCCCGCUCUCACGCCAUCUCUCCUCUCCGCCCUCGCCUCCUCCGCCAUCCCCCCGCCCCUAAUCGCGUCCAACAAGGAGUCGCUCCUCGCUGUCGCCUUCUCCGCGCACCACAUCGCCAUCUACCGCUCGCGCCUGCCCGUGUCGUCGGCGCGCUCGCGCCGCUCCUCCUCCUUCCUCUCCACGCCGCUCAUCCUCAUCUUCGUCUUCCUCUGCGCCGCCUGGCAGUUUGGCCGCCGCGCCCAUGCCGGCUCCUCUUCUUCGGAAGGAGCAUCGGGGAAUUCCGGGCCGGGUGGUUCGGAUGCCCUUGGCCCCCCUCCGCACGCGCUUGGAAUGGGGCUGGGGAUCCGGGCUGUAGAAAUGGAUGAUUCUGGUGUUGCUGCAGGUGCUGGUGGCAGUGGUAAUGGUGGCGGUGGUGGAGGGGGGAGUGCAGGGAGAUUGCUGGUGGGCAGGCGGACUGGAGGGGGGGAAGACGGGGAUGAGACGUGGGGAAUGCAAAUGGGUGGUAGAGGAGGAGGAGCAGGGGCGGGGAGAGAAACCUGGGGAUAUGGCGGAGGGAGGAAGUUUGGAGGUGCGGCUGGUGGCGCUGACGAUGGUGGUAGAGGGGAGGGAGGGGAGAGGAGAGGAAGAGACGGAGAGGACCCGAGGGGGAAUGUAGGAGGUAGGAGAACCGAGGAGGGAGCAGCGGGGAUGAGGAUGAUGGGCAUGAGAGUAGGUGGUGGUGUUGGGUACAGGGGUUUGACGGAUGGGGGAGGCAGUGGAGGGGGCCCGGAUGGUGCUGCUGGGUUGCAGAGGGGGACGGGGGGAGGAGUGGGGGAGAGUGGAGGAGAACCAAUGAGGGGGCAAGAGGGUGAGGCCCACGUGGGACAGGCAAGAGGCACAGCAGCCGCAGCAGUGGUGGCGACAGCAGCAGGAGUGAUAGGGGUGAGGGGAGCCAGCAGGUUGGGGCUGGGGUUGGGGGAUGGAGACGACCCUCGUCCUGCUGCAGGCACUGGUGCAGCAGCAGCAGCCGGUGCUGCUGCUGGCGGGGCUGGUGUUGCCACUGGUGGUGGUGGUCUAGAGGCGAGCAGGCGGGCAUGGCUGGAGGCAAGUGGUGGAGGGGGUGGUCUAGCGAGCAGCAACAACGACUGGACGCCGAUAGGCAGGAUGAGAGCAGCGGAGCUGAGGGCAGCAGAGAGGUACCCGGCGUCGCAUCUCAUGGGCGGCCGACCUGCUCCCAUGUCGGGCCGUGUGGUGGGGCACCCGGGGCCGCGCCCGGAAUACCGGGGCAGGGAGACCUACCCUCCUUCUGGUCGCAGGGAUCCGUUCUAUGCCCGCCGCGCAUUCCAACCUGGGUGAGGCUGUGCUGUGCGCUGUCGCACUGCAUUGCAUUACACCGUAACGUACCGCACUGUGCAGCAUAAGUCGGCGGUUACGACUAGGCGCCUGGCUGCUGGCAGGCAGGUUGAACUACCGGUGCUGUAGAGUUGGUGGUGGUAGGCCAUCGUGGCUUGUCUAAACAUGUGAGUAGAUUCCCUGCUUAUGACCAGCAGCAUGUUCUUCUGCUCAAGUGUGCACUUGGUGGGCAAGAGAUCCCUGACCUGACUAGUGCCCCAUCCAUUACAUUUCAGCACACU